AUGUCUGAUGCUAAAUCUGCGAAUGUGCCUCUUGCUUUCCACUUUGUGUUAUGUAAGGAUCAGUCUCCUAAGACUGAAACUGAAAAUACUGAAAUAAAGAAUGUGCCUUAUUCCAAUGCUAUAGGAUCUGUAAUGUAUCUCAUGAUUAGUAUUAGGCCUGAUAUAGCAUAUGCAAUUAGUUGCUUGAGUAGAUUAAUUUCUAACCCUAGGAUGCCUCAUUGGAAUGCUUUGAAAUGGAUUUUGAGAUAUCUAAAAAGCACUGUUGAUGUUGGUUUGACUUUCUCUAAGUGUUCUGUAGGUACUAAGUUGGUUGGUUAUGUGGAUUCUAAUUAUGCUAAUGAUAGGGAUAAUAGAAAGUUUACUACUUCCUAUGUAUUUACUUUGUGUGGCUCUUGA